UUCGAGAGCCGCUUCGCACGGCUCCUCCUACCUGUCUCUGUCUUAUGUAGGCUAUCUUCCAACAAUGAAGCCCAUUUCUGUCGGCGUUCUUGACCAUUUCUUGCCAAAAGGACUCAUACAUUUGGACUGAGUUGUCUGCCUAAAGUCCAACAUGGCGACGGUGGUGAUGGAGCAGAUCGGACGGCUGUUCAUCAAUGUGCAGCAGCUCCGUCAGAUCCCUCAGCUCCUGGAGUCGGCCUUCCCCACGCUCCCCUGCACCGUCAAGCUCUCUGACGUGCCCAAGGUCUUCCAGGAGCGCUAUAUUCUCACUGGGUACAGGCAGACGGACCAGAGCUGGCGCUACUACUUCCUCACCCUCUUCCAAAGGCACAAUGAAAGCAUAAACGUGUGGACACACUUGCUCACUGCAAUGAUUAUUCUUGUCAAGUGUCAGGAGAUCUCCCAGACCGUGGACUUCUUACGGGACCCCCAUGCCCAGCCACUCUUCAUCAUCCUCCUCACUGCCUUCAUCACACUCUCCUUCAGUGCGCUUGCUCAUCUUCUGAGUGCCAAGUCCGAGUUGUCCUUCUUCACGUUUUACUUUUUGGACUACUUGGGUGUUGCAGUUUAUCAAUAUGGCUGUGCAGUGGCUCACUACUACUACGUGAUAGAAGAGGACUGGCACACAAGAGUCCGUGGGUUUUAUCUACCCACUGCCGCUUUCCUGUCAUGGCUAACUUGCUUCGGCUGUUGCUAUGGCAGGUACUCAAGUCUUGAGAUGCCUAAGUUUACCAACAAGCUUUACCAGUUGGUUCCCUGCACCUUAGCCUACUGUUUAGACAUCAGCCCAGUUGUUCAUCGCAUCUACAGCUGCUAUCAGACCGGCUGCUCUGACCCUGCAGUGUCAUACCACUUUUACCACACAAUAUUAUUCAUUCUCAGCGCCUACUUCUUCUCUUUCCCCCACCCAGAGAGCCUGUUCACGGGCAAGUGUGACUUUAUAGGCCAGGGUCACCAGAUUUUUCACGUUCUGAUGGGGGUCUCCACGCUCAUGCAGAUCGCGGCACUGCGCAUGGACUUCACGGAGCGCCGCCCCCUCUAUGAGCGUCUCCAUGGCGACCUGGCUCACGAUGCUGUGGCGCUCUUCAUCUUCACCAACUGCUGCUCCGCGCUCACCGUGUUUUAUGUGCGCAAGCGUGUAAAAGCAUCUCUCCAAAACAAACAGGACUAACGAUAAUGUCAUACUCUAUAAUGUCAUCUUGACUGUAAAUAGCUUUUUUAUAGGUGCACUAUGUAACUUUUCAGGUGGAGGGUUCGUCACCUGAUCGUAUCCAUGGAGAUGUUAUUACUUUGCCUAAAUUGUUUCACUGAAUGGCAUUAAACUGAUCACUUAUCACCAUAGGAACAGAUGACGCCACCAGGACAAGUUACAGGUGACCCUCCCCUCCCAGUAAGAAUGGAUGUUUUUAUUAUAUUUUUAGCGAGUAAUAAGUAAAAACUCAUGUAACUGAAUAAAUGAUAGAAUGGUUUAAUGCCAUAUUGUGGAACAUUCUAGACAAGGCAAUGACAUCUCCAAAGAGACAAUAAGGUGGUGGGUCCCACACCAUAAAAGUUACAUAUUGCACCCUCAAAGAUUCCAUAUUAUGCUUGAUUAGGCAUUUCCACUCAGCAGGAAACCCUUGCUUUUUUAGUAUUUCAUUUAUAGUUUAUUUGAUUGAACAGAUACAACAUAGAUUAACAGAAAAAAGUACCCACUAUAAAUAUUGACCCAGAAAGUAUUAGAUGAUAAGAAAACAACAGUAAUUAUCGUGAUAGAUCUACAAAGGAACACAACAAGUGAUUUUCAUAAUGAUUUUUGUGAACAUAAUUAAUACAUACUUUUAAUCAUUGCCAUUUAAUACAAAAAAUAAAACAAUUUCUUCCUUCGAACUCGGAACUCAGCUCUAAACCACUAGUUUUUACUGACUGUAGAUAUCUCAAUUUCAAAAAAUCCAAGUUGAUCAUUGAUAUUUAGAAAUGCCCUAACUGGACUUAUCUGUUACUGUCACAUAGCUCAUAGUAGUGCUAAAACAGCAUCAGUCUCAGAGGAAAACAGACUGAACCAAAAAAUGUUUUCCACACGUAUCUGUUUGUUUGCUUUUUAAGCCUGAGAAAGCAUAAUAUGGGUUCCUUACAUAUGACUGUAAUGCAAUAUAAUGUGUUCUGCCAAAACAAAAGAAAUAAGUAAAGGUUUUAUAAGAGGAUUUUUAUGUGGUGACAGAAAGUCUAUCAUGCACAUUUCAGCGUUUAACUUUAGAAUUCACAAUGAAAGAAACAGUAUACAUAGCUUUCUCAUUGACAACAUGGCCUGUGUUAUUUUGUACUUUUAAACGCAUUGAGAAUAUACAAGACCAAAACCUCACACCUCAAAUAAUUCUUCAUAAUUUAUCACUGAAAACCUUUGUCAAUUGUAUUCAGAUUUGCCUUUUAUUCCCAACACAUAAACACUGUAUUUACAUUGUUGUUUUUUAGAUUUGGUUAUUGCGAUUUGACAGUCAAAGUCAGUGUUACAUGUGUGGGCCUUUCUCUUUGCAUCCCAUUCUUUCUUUCUGUCUGAUGAAAACGUGUGCCUCUUCGCAUGUUGUAUUACUGUGGACGUACUGUGGGAACUGAUGUAGCUUUGCACUUAUUUCUUACCUUGUAUAUAAAUGAAGUGUUUCUCUUUUUAUUUAUUUACAGUCAUGCAGCACCUGGUGUGUUUAAGAUGUUGCGAUCCAAAACAGUAAUGCAGACUACAUUUCACCUGGUGCACUUCUCUUUGUUGUUUUAUUCUCUCCAAAAAUGUGACAUUAGGCUAUAUACAAAAUGUCAGAUAUUAUUUAUAUUUAACCCUUUGUUUAACAUGAUGUUCAAUGUGCCAAUGAAUCUGUAUUUGUUUCAGUGAUGGUACUUCUGGAUAAUGACUGAGAAUGAGAAUGAAUUUCUGACUUGACAUUUGCGUAUUUACACUACUGACUAUAUAUUUGAAUCCUAUAGACACCUUGCACUGCCUGAAACACUGGAUAUCUGUAGCUGACUAUGUUUACACACUCUUUUGUUUUGCUUAUUCUUCCAGUUUUGGUCUUUUUCCCUUACAAUCAGAAUGACUUUGGAUUCAGUUCACCUGAAACUGGUUUGAACUGCGCACUGAACUUGCACUGAAGACACCAAUUAUUAUUUUUAUUUAAAACUAGUCAGACUGAUAUUUUGAGGGCAUUUUAAUAUUUGUGCUCAUAAUUAUUAAUGCAGAUGUCUCUAUGUAAUACCUCAUAUUGAAUUGCAGCAUAAAUUGUGUGUAAGCAUAGCCUGACCUUUACCUUGGAGAGCAGAGUGUGAAGGACUAGAAUGUCUCCUAUUCUGUAUGUGACUGUUCUAAUGUCAAGUGGUAUUUAAGACAAUAAAGUGUUUCAGAAAUUUUACCUUUA